CCGAAGGGGAAGUGAUUUAUGAGAAAGAUGGUCAGCAAAACCACAGUCACUGUUUUGUCAAUCAUUGCUCUGUGUCUGUCGUUUGCAGACGCUCUACCUCGCUUACCUCAUCUGAGACGUUGUCGAUGCAUUACCCGAGCAGAACAAUUGCAUUCAUCAAUGAAUAUCAGCAACAUUAAAAUCUUCUUUAAACAGGGUCUAUGUCCAAACAUUGAGAUCAUUGUCAACUUGCGAGAUAAUAAAAGGAUUUGCUUGAACCCUGACUCAGAAGUUGGGAGGAAAAUGAUUUCUUUUAUGAAAAAGAAAACGAACAACUGAAUGAUCGUAUAUGCAGAAUAAUGGAAAAACCUUGUAUUGCAGACUAGUUGCUCCAAGAUUUCACAAUCAGUUGAAGACAUCCAUUCAUUAUUAGAUGAUUGAAAUAUCUUUUAUUUAUAAUGUGCUUUGAAUUCUCAUUUUUGCACUUAAUAAAUUGACCAGUCUAUAGCAAUAAUAUAAAUUGGCGUGUUCUUAAGCUACAUACAAAUUCUUUGAAAUUUGUUGUAUUUAUCAAUAUUGCACUUUUAAACUUAUAAUUCUGCUGACACUGCAUUUGAUACAAAUAAGCUAUUUUAGAUUGCUAGACUCAACAAAAUUAUUUGUUAAUUUUUAAUCCUCAUAUUAAUCUAUAUGAUUCCAGCUGAUCCUGCUUCAGUAGCAAAAAGCUUUUAAGUUCUGAAUGUUUCUGCUUUUGUAUGCCAAGUGUAUGUGCAUUCCUUC